AUGCCCAUAGGGGCUAUUACAGGUGGCACCGUUGGUGGAGUAAUUGUGCUGGCACUCCUGGGAUUCCUCCUUUUCUUCUGGUGCCGGCGGAAGGGCCGCGAGAACAAUCAAGCUGAUCAAAUGGAAGUAACGCGGGCACCGCAGCCGCUUAGCCCCUAUAAAGACUUGUUUGCUAGCACCCCAACCAUAGCUAAUCCCAGAAUGCCAAUGCUGGAUGGCUCAACGUACAGGCCAGAAUCGGCGAUGGACUAUAUGAAUUCGCCGCCCUCGACGGUGUUUUCUUUUUCGACCAGGGAUAGUCGUGUUGCGCCCCAUCUCUCAGAGGCGAGUGAUGACUGGGUGAGGUCACCAGAGCAGAUCCACAAUCUGCACGCCAUCUUGGAACUCGAUGGAAGCGAUAUCAGGGUCCCUGGGUACGGCCAGAGAUUUUAA